GGGUGCAAUAGCCUCGAGCUGCGCCACGGUGAGGGCAGAAUUAUCUCGGGCACGGAUCCGGCCAGCCGGAGAUGCAUAUGCUAGCAGGGGCAUGAUGCACAUGGUGCUCAAGAUUGAUGUAGACUUCAUGUUGCUAGGAUCUCUAGUGAAUCAGGACAAAGGACAGAGGCUGUUGAGAAUGAAAGACACCGUGAGCCUGCACAAGUACCAUAAGGACAAGAAAGGAUUAUCAACAGGGACAGCGCCUUUAUAAGUCUUUCAAAGCAUGUCAUUGUUGAGACCUGGCAUGCCUGAUCGACUCCGCAUUCCUGAGGGCGGAGUCAGGGUCUGGAGGGUCCUUCUACAGCCAAAGGCAUGUAACAGAGCCUGGCCUGUUGCCACAUGUUGGUUGGACCUUUCGUUGCAUCUGGCGACACUGCGUUGGCAUGUCCGGAGAUUGCCAGAAACGCCUUUGGCCCAAAUGUAUCAUGUAUCAUGCCUCCUUGUGCUGCUAUUAACAGCGAUUGGAGCCUGGCGAACUUCCGGCCAAGGUGAAACGCCCGUCGUAAAUCAUAAGUCGUGCUUAUCUGACCCCCGGACACCUUGAUUGGUCGUGUGAAAGAUAUGAUCUGCAGACUGUCUUUUGGAGCCUCGUUCUUCAAGACCGUUAUUGGUCGUCGGGCAAUGUUAAUGGUUGGAAAAUGGCCGCAACAACAC